GUAAUAAGUAAGCCUUUUACUAUUCCGAUCUUUAGGAAGAUUGUCUGAUAUUUCCAUUUCGUGGUGAACCUUGAUGCCUCUUCCCUGAUUCAUUGGAAGCGAAGUUGUACGAGAAUCUUGCUAUAAUGUAUAAAGGUUGAAUGUUAUUCGACGCUUGGGAUUUCUUGUGUCUCGAGAAGAAAAUAAGUGUUUCUUGAUCUGACUCUUUAGAUUUAUGGUUUUCCUUAAUUAUACACUACUAGUAUUUCAAGCCAUGGCGCGCAAUUUUGAGUACUGAGCACGUCAUCUUACUGAAGUGAAAAUGUUUUUUUGUUGCUUGACGCUUUCCAUCCUUGCUGUAUUGAGCUGAUAUUGUGCGUACCCGUGAGAACUCCGGCCUCUUGCUUGGUCGAUCUCGACUUGGUCUGGAAUGUAACAAGUGCAAUGGACAUGGUCUGCCGUAGAUUUUUGCUGUGCGAUUGGGUGCAACGAGAAUGAUGCAAUCAGGGGGAAGCUCAUCGUCGUCGAGUUCAGCAGCAGUGGUAAUCGGCAGUGCACAGGGCGUGCCUAGUACUACAGCGGUACCGCCUGCUAUGACCCGAUCAAACGAGGGAGUGGUCGGGAACGGCGCAACAGCGGACUUUCCAUGGUCGCGGCUCCAGCAUCCAGUGGCAGUGCUGAGGAUCCUGCUCGCCACGCUGCUGUUCCUUGGCUAUCUUCUUCCCGCAUACAGCACGCGAAACGUGGUAGCGGAGGCCUGCUUGGAGUUCGUAGAUGAAGUAGCGACGACAUGGGAGCCAGUGUGGAAAGGCGCCUUGCUCUUUCUUAUCGCGGAUGGACUUGGGUAGUCGCUGGUUCAUUCUUGAUACAGCUGUACUUUUUUCAUACCAUCAUGCGCAGAAGUCCUGGUUAUAGUUGCACGAUGUAAAACAUGUUCAUAGAACUACUAGGUAGCCGUAGUUACACCUUAGUUAUUUUCUAGUAAGUUCGAAUUCGUUUGCAAUAGCAGAUCCGUGGAGGGUCACUACAACAAGCUCCCUAGGCUUUCUUUUUUAGGUGUCUCGUAUUCCAGCGGCGCAAUAGAGGAUGCAGAUGGUGGGGCAGGCGAGAAAAGUUUGUUGUCCGAGGCACCCUUGGAAUUUUAUGGCUUUACUGCAUUUACGCUACCUACGUCUACUGUUCGGGUAUCGCGACGUCCCGAUUUCGCUGCUGGAGCGGCCCAAUGGCUGUAAGUCUGGUCAUUGGCUAUGCAUCUGUAGAUUUAUGAGAUUGUACUUUAAUUAUAGAUAUCUUUUUUUUUGAUGGAAGGUCCGGUAUCAUGACUUCUCGUUUCGUCCAUGCGUAGCUGGAUUCGUCGUUCAAGAAUACAGAAUCAAACCGGUGCGUACUGAUUAUCUUGACCCGAUGGGACUGAUCACAAUGUAUAAUCAGAUGACAGUUCUCGGCUUCUGGGUAUUUGCGAUGUAUGUGCCUCUUUGGUACAUCUUUUUAGAGGAGGAUACGAGUACCAGUGGUCGGUAUUUGGCGCAGGACUCCCUUGAUGACGAACUAGACGAUCUUGAGGAGAGUCCAGUCACGUAUCAAGUAUGGAGACGCGGUAGAUUACUCUUCACUAGUCUUUCGCGGGCGGAGGUGAAGCGAUGGCUUGCACCAGGUGGAAAAAAGAGCCCACCAAUCCAAGAGCACGACUUUGCCGAUACUGUUGUAAGAGAAGUAAGACUUUAGCAUCUAAUGCUACAAAGCCGCAAGGCAUUAUAGAAACAAUAUUUGUGUCCCUGAUUCAUCGCGCGCUAAGAUUCAUCUUAAGUAUCAUAAUCCCCAUGAGAAUAAAGCAU